UUUACCCUUUUUCUUCAUGCUUACCUCAGACUCAGAUUGUCAUCUUGUGUUUCCAGGAAGUAUGGUCCUGAUGUUCAGAUUCAAGGCUUUCAUAUAAUGGUCGAGGAUCAGUUUCCGGAGGCAACUCAAUUUAUAAUCGAUGCAGCCAGAAAUUACAACAUUGUGGUGACAGAGUAUCCAGGACCUCUCAAAUCAGGACUUGAAGCGCUAAAGAAAGAACAACCAAAUGUUGUUGCUGUGCUAAUGGGAAGUAGAGGAACUGAUCCGCAUGGGAAGUACAUGAAAUCUCCAGUUGAAUGGACAGAUCCAGACUGGCCGAAAGUUUUGCGUGUUUGUCCUAUUCUGGCAUGGUCUUACCGUGAUGUAUGGAUGACGUUACGGGAGCUGUGCAUACCAUACUGUCCCCUCUAUGAUAUGGGAUAUACUUCAUUAGGAGGACGAAGUACGACUGUGAAAAACCCAUUACUGAAGAUCACAGGGAAGGAUGGCUCUGAGAAGUUAGUUUGA